AUGGGUGUUCCUUUUGAGGCCUUGCUUCCCUAUGGAAUCAUUAUCGGCAUGUUUGGCGUGACUGGCUACGGUCUUCACUACGUCAAGCGCUUCGCCAACGAUGGCAAGAAGGCACGCUGGAACCGUGACCUGUGGGACAGAGUAAGUCAUUCCUUCAAAGUAAGUUAUAACCGAACCAACAACCGCAACGACUCGAAGCCCCUCAAAGAACCUUGCCAGGCUGACAAUUCGCGAACAGUGAUGGAGCGAGACCAGAGAAUCACAGGUGCAUUCCGGGCACAAUCCAGCAAUCACCAAGCACCCCCGGAUUCGACGUCAGCAACCCGUGGAAGGUACGACAUCACAGGCAACUCGAUUUUUUGGAAUCCGCUAACCAGGCCUACAGAUGGAGAAGCGGAUCUACUAGACUCAAAAUUGCAACCUCGUUUUCCCGUUACGCUCUAUGCCUGCGCCUUCUUCUCUUCC